AUGGCUCUGCCCGGGAACGUCCGGAUCGUGCAGCACGAUGGACAGCGGUUCCUCUGCUUUUGCAGCGAAGACGCCGUCCCCAGGCUCCAUGUCACAAAUGCUUGCGAGUUCUGGAGCUGCGAUGGUGCUUUGGACAAGCUGGACAGACAGGUGGUAUCUCAGGAUGGGCAGAAAAUUUCUAUUGAUGACAGCAUUGCUAAACUCAGAGAAGCCUUUGAGUAUCAGACUCCUGCGCUGACCAUACAUGACAGCAAGGCCAUCUUGCGGUUCCAAGACAGCAGAGAAACUUUGACCUUUGACUUGUUCAAAGUGCCCCUCUCUGAAGCGAGGAAACUAGCCCAGGAUCUGGUUUUUGACUUGGUGGAACGGGUGCAGAAGCUGGAAAAACAUCUCAAAGAGUAUGCCCUUGCUGGUGCUGGUCCUUUGCCCCUUGGUAGCCCUGAGAAGAACACACUGAAAAGCCAGUCUCUCUUUGCUCCAGAACCGAGUCCCUCCAAAGGCUGGGGUGGAGCUGGCGCAAGGCAGAUGGCAAAUAAAAAGAGGAGGCCUGGAGAGUCCCUCAUUAAUCCUGGAUUCAAAAGUAAAAAGAUGCCUACCGGGGUAGAUUUUGAAGAGGUCUGAGUGUGCCCUGCAUCAGCCAAGGCAAACGCGCAAG